AUGACUCAAACAUAUCUUAGACUUGGUGAUGUCUGCCCAGAUUUCCAACAAGAGAGUUCUCAAGGUCCAAUUAGCUUAUAUGAAUAUUUAGGUGACAACUAUGGUAUUCUUUUCUCACAUCCAAAAGAUAAGACACCAAUCUGUACUACUGAACUUGGAAAGGUUGCCAAGUUGUUGCCAGAGUUUGCCAAGAGAAAUGUAAAGGUUUUGGCACUGAGCGUCGAUAGCGUUAGUGACCAUUUGGCAUGGAUUUCGGAUAUCAAUGAGACCCAACAAUGUCAAGUUCAAUACCCAAUCCUUGCCGAUGCCGACCGUAAGGUUGCCAACCUCUACGGUAUGAUUCAUCCAAACGCUGACAAUGUCUACACUGUGCGUUCUGUUUACUUUAUCGGUUUGGAUCGUAAGCUCAAGGCCGUAAUAACCUACCCAGCUUCCACCGGUCGUAAUUUCGAUGAGGUCUUGCGUGUCGUCGACUCUAUCCAACUCACUGACAAAUUCAAGGUUGGAACUCCAGCUGACUGGAAGGUUGGUGGUGAAUGUGUCAUCGUACCAUCCGUUAAUGAUGAAGCUGCCAAGCAAUUAUUCCCCAACGGUUGGAAUACUGUCCGUCCAUAUCUCAGAUUGGUUCCACAACCAACCACCCCACAAUAA